AUGCAACUUGACUCUAGUCGUGCAAAACAAAUAGCGGACAAUAGAAAAAAAUUAAAACCUAUAAUCAAGACUAUUAUACUCUGUGGAUGCCAAGAGUUGGCUCUACGUGGAACUAACGAUUCUGGUCCAUUGACUUUAAAUUCCAUAGAGCCUGUUUAUAAUGAUGGGAAUUUCCGGGCAUUACUGCGUAUGCGCCUAUCAUGUGGGGAUAAAGAUUUGAUUGAGCACAUUGAAGGUCAAUCUUUAAAUGCCAUGUAUAUAAGUCCAAUCAUUCAAAAUAAUAUAAUUCAAAUUUGCGGAAAAAUGAUACAAGAACAAAUUGUUUCCAGAAUAAAUAAAUCCAAAUAUUUUUCAAUUUUGAUGGAUGAGACUACGGAUAUUUCCCGGAUCGAGCAGUUAUCCCUUUGUGUGAGGUACAUUGACUCCAAUGAGCAGAACGGCAAUCCAGUCUAUAUUAUGCGUGAAGAUUUUCUACAAUUUGUGCAAGUUCAUAGUACAACUGGGAAUGAUUUAGCGACGGUAAUGUUAGAGUGUUUAGAAGAACUCAAGAUAGAUUGUACUUAUUUGGUUGGGCAAGGUUAUGAUGGGGCUGCAGCCAUGAGCGGCAGCUUUAAAGGCGUACAAGCAAUAAUAAGAGAAAAACACCCAGCAGCAUUAUACGUGCAUUGUAGUGCACAUUCUCUAAAUUUAGCUCUGGCUCACUGCUGCAAUGUCCAAAGCGUCAGAAAUUGUAUUGGAACCAUCAAAUCCGUUGCAAUCUUCAUAAAAAUGUCAGCAAAGCGGACUGAUAUUCUACAAAAUAAAAUUAAAGAACAUGCCCCUGAUAAUAAAUGGAAGAAGUUGACAACCAUGUGUGAAACUCGAUGGGUGGAAAAUCACGACGGAUUAAUUAGGUUCACAGAAAUUUUCAAGCCUAUUGUUGAAACACUGGAAGAACUACAAGUAGUGAAAGAUAUAGAGACGUCAUCAAAGGCUAUACAGUUACAUCGUGCCAUUAUGACCAGUGACUUUAUUAUCAGCAUGUUAACCGCAACUACUUUAUUCGCAUAUACCCUACCUUUAUGCAGAAUUCUUCAGACAGUUAACAUCGAUCUCUUUUCAGCAACGGAACAUGUUGAUACUGUUUUAAGUCAACUUAAAAGUAUGAGAGAUAACAUAGAUCAAGUGUUCAGCAACAUUUUUGAAAAAGCCGAAAAACUAUUAAAAUCAAUAGAUGCACAAGAGCAUAUUCAAAUUCCGAGAAUAGUUGCACGUCAGAAAAAUCGUUCUAACAUCAUGGUAGCCAGCCCAGAGGAACAUUUUCGAAUUACAGUUGCAAUUCCUUUUUUGGACGAGUUCAUACAUCAGUUGACUGAACGAUUUGCGAAGCACAAAAAAUCAUUGUCCUCUAUACAUUGCUUAUUACCAAAUGUAUGUGUUGUACACAAAGUGGAACUAGAGGACCUUUCCCUAUACAAACAAUUUUUGGACUAUGACACUUUAGCGGCAGAACUAGAUUUGUGGCGGCAGAAAUGGAAGCAGCUAUCUGCAGUCGACCGACCUAAAAACGCCAUCGAAACGAUAUCGGAGUGUAACCAGUGUAUAUAUCCAAAUAUAUACAUUUUAUUGAAGAUCCUAGCAACUCUACCAGUGUCAACAGCUACACCAGAAAGGUCUUUUCAACCCUAA